CCAGGGAGUUGACUUGCACAACGCCGAGCUAGCGAUACCCAUGUCUGACAUUGUGCAGUAAUGCCUCUCAUGGGGUUCAUGAUCGGAAGAUCCAUGCAUUAAAUUCUCUCCGACAGUCUUGCAUCUUCAAACGCGCUGCUGCUGCUCAACGUGAAAAUUCCCUCAACACUUCUUCUUUUGAUGUCGCCAUGUCCCACCAGAGCGAUGGCGUAAAUUCCCAGUGCAGUGCCGUAUGAUUAGUUUUUUUUCAAGGUUUAUUUUGUCGGGCUACCGGAUCGGUGUCUGGAUGUCCGGUGUCAAGCAGGGUUAAGUUUCUCAACAGACAGCCCCACAAAUUGGUCGUGGCAGGAUCAGAGAUAUCUUGCAAGCCAGCAGCUCCACGACUGAGUUUCACCCGCAUUUGUUGCUCCUGGGAACGAUACGGGGUGCUUUUGUGUGCCUAGCUCUCAUGGCGUAGGCCAUGAUCAUGAUUCCUACGAUUAUUGUUCUCCUACGAGAGUCCUUUUUUGGACGACAACGUGCAGGGCUCCCACAUCCGGAGCUUUUUUUAGCAAUAUAGGUGGAGGAUGAUAAUUGCCCGCUGAGUCUUGAAUGAAGCAUUAGCUGGGAGGUAGGCUUAGGCAAUGAAUAACGUAGCUGAAUUUGGAGCGGGAGGAACAGAGGACGGGGCAGCAGUGUGUUUCUCAAGGUAGGAUGCCGAUGAUGGUGGACUGGCAAACUCUUGAGGGUAUCAUGCUUGCAGGAUGUUGCAGGUAGGAGAAUGCGCUGCAAGGGGGAACAGAAGUGGUGGAAGUGGGUUUGUUGGAGAAUCGAGGUUUUGGGCGUUGUUUUGGCGAGAGGAAGAUGGGCUAGGAUCCUGGGUUGAGAGGUUUGAGAAUGAGUCGAGGAUUCUAGGUUUGAUUACCGAUUUUGGGGGUAAGAUGUGGAGGGGUCUAUGUCGCAAGACGCUGGUGUGAUGGGUGAAGUGAUGAGGGACAAUAUGGACGCUGGGGGGGUUGUGGACUGGGCUAACGAACCACCCGCAAAGCCCACAUGGGAGCAAAUCGUUGCAAUGCAGAAGGAGAGCGCGGCGUUGCGGGCGCAAGCUGCAGCUGUGCUGCCCUCACUGACUGUGGGCGCCACUCCUCGAGCUCGCCGGGCGCCUUCUCGGACCGAGUACCCGCUUUUUGUUCCGGUUUAUGAUCGGUCGUGGCGCGUGCUUCCUGUUCUUGGGUAUUUUUUUUGGUCGAGCGGUGUGUCAACGACCCCCGCUGACGUGCGCUGCAAGCAGAGUUAUAUGGACGCGCCACUGCAUUCUGGAAACCUUCAGGAUCAGAUUCAGGAUCACCCGACCGAAGUAGACACUUUUAGAAGAAGGACUUUAGAGCAUCGUCGUUAUGGAAGCGGCUCUGAACAAGAGAUUGCGCCUGUUGCGGAAUCUGGUUAUUCAGCGAAUCAGCCACAAUCUUCCGCAGCCGCUCAACGUCACGCUUACCACAGCAACAGAAGAAGCCACAGUCUCAGCUUUGGAUUAAGUCCAGAAAUUUCUCAAUUGACUGGAGUCACCCCAAAGUCUGCCAUGUCGGGGAAGAGUGAUGGCACCAACCUGCCAGUCACCCCUGGUGCACUACCUAGAGGUGUAUUCAUGCAGGAUAACCAUUUACCGAAGAAGAAGACCUCCAAUAUUGCAGACUCAAGUAGCAAACUGGAGCUCCGUGCCACUGCGCAGGCGCGAGACAUUGGGAAUGGAGGAAGAGCGCACCUUGUAGAUAUAGCAAGAGGAAAUCACAUGGAUACUACAGCUCCUUUACAAGGCUCCUCUUGGAAAGGAUGCUCCGAAACGUUAUCUACGAUAGCUCCAUUUGCCGAUAACGUGUCUGCCGCAGGCUCCGGCUUGGAUGCGCAGUCACCCCAGGUGUGUAGCAUGCCGGAUGUAGAACAAUCCGCGGAGAAACCAAGAGUACAACAGUCAGGGCUGUUUGGCUUUCUAUUCUGGGGCAGAAAAGCGUCCAACGCGUGGUCUGAUAGGAAGAAGACUGUUUGGGAGAAAGACUCCAACAAAGACUUGGAGAGGUUGAUAAAGAGUCUUCAGAGUCAACUGGAGCAGAGUGAGAAGCUAAGAGUAUGUGAAGUCAGACAACUAGAAGCGGCGUUGAAAAUUACGAAAGAAAAGUUUGAGCACUUACAAGUGCACUGUAGAGAUUUGGAGCUACAGUUGAGGGAGCAGGCUAAAAACGCGCGACCAAGUGGGUAUGAUUUUGAUAUUGGCGAAGAUGAUAGUAGCAGCUUGGGGAGUGGCUAUGGCAGGCCGUCUAGACAAUGGACUGCUCCUCACCCUAGUCUCACACCUGAACUCUUUGAUAGAAUUUACGACGAUGCUGUCGGGAGCAUGCGAAAACUAAGCAGAUCUAUCUGUCAUUACAUACGCGAAUUGGGUGAAUCAGCGUCACAAGUGAUUACAGCAGUUCUGGAGAAUCAUUCAAUAGCCAAAGGUCGCUUGCGGAAAACUCAGAAGAUUCUUUAUUUUGAAUCUUUCUUGAACCAAAUCAUGUUCGAAAAUUUUGAGAAUGUGAACUUCGAGUCCAGUGGAGGUGCUCCUGUUCUGGAUCCUAAAGCUCUUCAGCACUUGAGCUUUCGGGCUUUCCAAGAGCUUCAAACGGUAACUUGGGUAGACAUAGAGCAGACGUUGGAUGAACAAGGGGUUGUUGUAAACCACAGCUUCCACCAGUUUUUUGUGGUGAGGAUGGAGGUUGUGCUGCAUCAACUAGGAGAUUUCGGUGAGUCAAAUGUGCCCGGGUUUGUCAUAUCUGCUUUCUUUGAUGCAAUUAAAGCUGUAUGGCUUUUGCAUCACCUGGCCUUUUCCUUUCGGCCCGCUGCAACUAUUCUUCGCGUCUGCCAGGGGGCAAAAUUUGAGCCAGAGUACAUGGAGCAGGUUCAUGACUCUGACAGGGAAACAAGGGCGAAGUCCGUGUUUCUAAUGAUCAACCCGGGCUUUAUUAUUGAUGAUUGGGUGGUGAAGUGCAGAGUUUACUGUAGUAGUAAAUGAUGUACUUGGAUUAUCAGUGUGCAAUAAGCUUCACACAAUUGAGUGGUGAGUAGAUUGGUGAGUAGAUUCAUGUGCCACUUAUUGAUUAUUUAAAGUGUAAAUUGAAGGCCAUUUUAGAGUGCCUUUCCAUUUGUAACAUGAUCAGGAGGGUUUAGUCUGCACAUCGUGUUCCGUGUAAAUACGUACACAUACGGGCCCGUUCUCGAGGGUUAUCUGCCUGCUAGUACCACAAUUGUUUCACUUUUGUGGUGGCUAGUGGAAUUAGUAGACUUGCCGUCCAGGUUUGAACACGUUGAUUAUAGGCGCUGUGUAUUUUGGACUGUUUAUUCCUCCUAUAAUAAUGCAGAAACAGAUGACAGGUGUUACUUAGGAGGCAUUUCUUAUGAACUUACUCUUCUGAUGAAUUAAUUUACAGCUGUGUUUUUUGAUAUCUA